AUGAUCAACGUCCGCGAGUUCCAGGCGCUGCAGACGCAGCUCCUCAAGGAAGGCAACGCGCGCUUCGAGCUCCAGGAGAAGAACCAGCGGCUCGCCGCGCAGGUCGACGUCCUCCAGCGAGAGAUGGCCAAGAAGGAGUACGAGCUCAGCCUCGCGCGGGCGGCGCAGGCGACGCCCGAGGCGAUCCAAGAGGUGGUCGAGAACAACCUCGCGCUCAAGGAGCAAGUGAAAGCGCUCAAAGACGCGCUCAGCCACGUCCAGCCGCUUCCUGCCCCCGCCAAGGACGACGGUUUGGCUGGCCACGACCUGCAGUCGCUCUUGCGCAAGCUCGGCGCCAAGGAAGAGGAGCUUUCGGCCAUGCGCGCCGAGUGUCGGAUCUGGGAAGAGCAAGUGAUCCAGCUCAAGUUUGAGCUCCAGUCGGAGCGCUUCAACUCGCAGGAAGCACUCAAGGAACAGCGUCUUCGCGCCCAAAAACCGCCCAUGGAUCCGCACAAGCCGAGUCUUUCGGGCCAUACCACGCGCACGCUGGCGCAGGAGCUGCUCGAGUACAAGAACCUCGCCAUGGAACGAGCGCAGUACUGGAAGCUCGCCGAAGUGUCGCUCGACAAGGUCAAUCUGGACCUCGUAGCACUACGCAAGGAGAACCGGGGCCUUCGGGAGCGGCUUCAGCGACUCGAGGAUGAAGCGAAUGAGAUGGACAGCAGCGGCCACGUCCACGUUCACGGCGUCGUGGGCAGUCCCGCGGCGCAUGCUCUGCGCGACGAACUCGACGAGGCGCGGCGGCAGACCCGGGUCGCUCAAGACACACUGACGUCGGUCAUGAAGGAAAUGCAGCGCCUGCAGCAAGAGUUAGAUGAAGUGCCUGUCUUGCGCAAGGUUGAGGCGCGGCGAGUGCAAGGCGUCGUCCGCGACCUCAAGCGCGAGCUCGCAGCCCAAACGACGCGCGUCGAGCAGCUGCAGAGUGCUGUCGCGCUCUACAGCCCACGCAACUCGCGCGGCAUUGAUCUGGGUCGCAAACGCGGUCACUUUGCCUAA